UAGUGAACCCCUGCACAACGAAUGACCACCCAGCAAGACUGAACCCAAGAGUUUCUCUCUCACUCUCGAGGCAGUCUUUAAACAGAGCUCGUCGUCGUCGUCGUCGUCGGCUCUGCCUCUGUGCCCAACCCUGCAAAACAUCUCUCUACUUCUCCGAAUUCUGAAACCCUAAAGAGACCUCGAUCAUUCUCUUAUUAUCUCUUCCAAAAUCUUCACUAAAUCUCGUGAUAGUUUCGUUAAAAUAUGGCUUCCUCUGCUACGUGGCUGCCACAAGAGGAGGGCUUCAAGGAGAUCUGUGGUUUGCUGGAACAACAGAUGUCUCCGACUACCGAUAAAUCUCAGAUUUGGCAGCAACUUCAGCACUACUCGCAGUUUCCCGAUUUCAAUAACUACCUCGCUUUCAUACUUGCACGCGCCGACGGAAAAUCUGUGGAGGUUAGGCAAGCAGCUGGAUUACUGCUGAAAAAUAACCUUAAAACUGCACUCAAAACAAUGCCUCCUACAAAUCAGCAAUAUAUAAAAUCAGAGUUGCUACCUUGUUUAGGAGCAGCAGAUAAGCAUAUCAGGUCCACAGCUGGGACUAUUAUAAGUGUUUUCGUUCAGUUAGGGGGAGUUGUUGGAUGGCCUGAGUUGCUGCUAGCCCUAGUCAAGUGCUUGGAUAGUAAUGAUUUGAAUCACAUGGAAGGUGCUUUGGAUGCUUUAUCCAAGAUUUGUGAGGAUAUUCCCCAAGUGCUGGACUCAGAUAUUUCUGGGUCAUCCGAACGACCCAUCAAUGUAUUCCUUCCAAGAUUUCUUCAGUUUUUCCAGUCUCCACAUGCUUCGCUAAGAAAGCUUUCUUUGGGUUCUGUAAAUCAAUACAUUAUGUUGAUGCCUACUGUUUUACUUGUGUCAAUGGAUAAGUACCUGCAAGGCUUGUUUGUGCUUGCUAAUGACGCUGCUCCAGAGGUCCGGAAAUUGGUUUGUGCAGCAUUUGUUCAGCUAGUUGAAGUUCGUCCGGACUUUCUGGAGCCACAUUUGAGGAAUGUAAUUGAAUAUAUGCUGCAAGUAAACAAGGAUCCUGAUGAAGAGGUUGCUCUUGAAGCCUGUGAAUUCUGGUCAGCAUAUUGUGAGGCUCAGUUGCCACCUGAGAACUUAAGCGAAUUCUUGCCACGUCUACUUCCGGUUCUGUUGUCAAACAUGGCUUAUGCUGAGGAUGAUGAGUCGCUUGUGGAGGCUGAGGAGGAAGGGUCUCUCCCGGAUCGUGAUCAGGAUUUGAGGCCUCGUUUUCAUUCAUCACGUUUUCAUGGAUCAGAGGAUGCAGAAGAUGAUAAUGAUGACAUUGUCAAUAUUUGGAAUUUACGGAAAUGCAGUGCAGCUGCUUUAGACAUUAUUUCCAACGUGUUUGGGGAUGAGAUUCUUCCAACAUUGAUGCCCAUAAUUCAAGUUAAGUUAUCCAGUGGAGAUGAUGCUGCAUGGAAAGAAAGGGAAGCUGCAGUUUUAGCUCUUGGUGCCAUAGGGGAAGGUUGCAUCAAUGGCCUUUAUCCUCAUUUGUCUGAGAUUGUUACAUUUCUUAUCCCUCUUUUAGAUGAUAAGUUCCCUUUGAUACGAAGUAUCUCCUGCUGGACGCUGUCUCGUUUCAGCAAAUAUAUUGUUCAGGUUGUUGCUCAUCGAGAAGACCUUGAGAAAUUUGACAAAGUUCUUAUGGGUCUACUACGGAGAAUACUGGAUGAUAACAAGCGGGUGCAAGAGGCUGCUUGUUCAGCUUUUGCAACCCUUGAAGAGGAGGCUGCAGAAAAGUUGGCGCCACACUUGGAAGUUAUUCUGCAACACCUAAUGUGUGCCUUUGGAAAAUAUCAGAGGCGAAACCUUAGGAUUGUAUACGAUGCUAUUGGUACUUUGGCAGAUGCUGUUGGAGGGGAACUAAAUCAGCCCACGUAUCUCGAUAUUUUGAUGCCGCCAUUAAUUGCUAAGUGGCAGCAACUUUCAAAUUCUGACAAAGACAUUUUCCCACUGUUAGAGUGCUUUACGUCCAUUGCACAGGCACUGGGUAGAGGAUUUUCUCAAUUUGCUCAGCCUGUAUUUCAGAGGUGCAUCAACAUCAUCCAGACCCAACAAUUGGCAAAGGUUGAUCCUGUUUCAGCUGGCGUUCAGUAUGAUAAAGAGUUCAUUGUUUGUUCUUUGGACCUUCUUUCUGGACUUGUUGAAGGUCUUGGUAGUGGAAUUGAGAGUUUGGUUUCACAGAGUAAUUUGAGAGACUUGCUUCUGCAAUGUUGCAUGGAUGAUGCUCCUGAUGUAAAACAAAGUGCCUUUGCAUUGCUUGGCGACCUUGCAAGGGUUUGUCCCAUCCAUUUGCAACCACGAUUAUCUGAAUUUCUUGACGUUGCCGCUAAGCAACUGAACACCCCCAAGCUGAAGGAAAAUGUUUCCGCGGCAAAUAAUGCAUGUUGGGCAAUUGGAGAAUUAGCAAUUAAGGUUCAGAAAGAAAUGUCUCCAAUUGUGAUGACAGUAAUCUCAUGCUUAGUCCAAAUACUUCAACAUGCCGAGGGGCUCAACAAGUCACUUAUAGAGAAUAGUGCUAUCACCCUGGGGAGACUUGCAUGGGUUUGUCCGGAACUUGUAUCACCUCACAUGGAACAUUUCAUGCAAUCAUGGUGCAUUGCUUUAUCUAUGAUACGUGAUGAUAUUGAGAAGGAGGAUGCUUUCCGGGGUUUGUGUGCAAUGGUUAGAGCAAACCCAUCAGGGGCUUUGAGUUCGCUUGUUUUCAUGUGCAAAGCUAUUGCAAGUUGGCAUGAAAUAAGGAGCGAGGACCUGCACAAUGAAGUUUGCCAGGUGUUGCACGGUUAUAAACAAAUGCUCAAGAAUGGAGCAUGGGAGCAGUACAUGUCUGCUUUGGAGCCCCCGGUGAAGGACAAAUUGUCAAAAUAUCAAGUAUAAUACUUUUCUGAUAAGAGAUGUGUCUUUCUGUGCUGGUGGUCAUAUACCGUAUAUAUGCUGCUGCUUCAGAGCUUGCAUCUGCAUUUGUACACCUGGUCCUGUCAUUUAAAGCCUUGUCUGAUUGUAGUGGAGCCGUAUUUCAUUUAGAGCCACGGCCAGCUCACAUUUCCCACAAAAAGCAUUCUUACUGAAGGCCAGUUUAUUUUGUACCCUUCAAGACUCUCAUUGGAUGGGCCUAGUUGAAAGAGCAUUUGAUUUUCUAAAAAAGAAGCUGAGGUUUGCGGCAUGGAUGUACAGGGUUGUGCUCUUUCCAGAUUUCUGAGCUUUCUUUUCUUCUCCUGAAUUUACUGAAAGGGUUCCAUUUGAGGUUUACGUUUGCGUCUUCUGUACCAGGUCAUUUUUUUUUAAAUUAAUUUGUUUAUGAGGUUCUGGUAGAUAGGUUACAGUCUAUAAGCUCCGCAGAUUUUGUCAAAAGGGCUGUGAAUGUUGAUGAGAAGUGUUUUUACAUGUGUUCAUAUUUGGAUCUAGUUCUUGUUAUUUCAAUUUGAAGUGGGAGCCAAAUUACUGUUGCAGCUAGCAAUUGGAGGGUGGGAACAACGAACAUGCUUUAGCAUUGGCUUGUGUUUGAUAGAAAUCGUCUGCUCUUUGGAUUUGAUAAAUUGUACUUAAGGAAACAACUGUUGUAUCAUUUUUCAUUUUGCACCCCCUUCUAAGCUCUUGUUUUGGUGUCAUUUUUUAUCUUGUAAUUUGUUGGGUAGGAAGCUAAAGUUGGUCAAGGUAACUACGCAUAAUUUGGUCAAAUUAUUUAAAGUUACUGUAUUCUGGAAAUUGAAAAUGACUUCCAGCUUAUUUGUCUUCAUU